UGUCGGAACACAUUUACGUGCGAACAUAACAUCGCAGCGGCAUUUAAUGAACCGCUGAACACAAUUUUAAGGUAUUUAGUUUGAUCUCGAGAGCUUGUUUGUUUAUAACUCAACAUGUCUGACGAAGAGGAAGAUUACAUGUCUGACGCGUUUCUCAGCAAACUUCAAGAUGUGAAACCUGGCGUCAGCAUGGUGAGGAGAGUAAAAGAAGCAAUGAAAAAAGAGGUCCAACAAAAAGAAAAGAACAUCCAGAACCGACAGAAGAGCUACAAAGAGCAGGAGAAGGAAAGCCGAGAGGUGGCUUUACAGAACUCCUUAAGCAACCAGAACAAGGGCUUUGCUCUUCUUCAAAAGAUGGGUUAUAAAGCCGGUCAAGGUCUCGGGAAGGGGGGAGCAGGAAGGGUUGAUCCAAUUCCACUAAAUAUAAAAACAGACAGAGAAGGUAUCGGAAUGGAGGAGGUAAAGAAAAGGAAAGCUGAUGAGGAGCUUGAACACUAUCGACGGAAAAUACGAGCCAAACAAGAAAACGAGUCAAAGUCACUAGAAGAUUUUAGGUCCCGAGUAAGAACAGAAAGAGAAGAAAAGAAGAUUGAAGGAGACCUCAGGAGAAGUCAGAGGGCAUGUGAGCAGCUUGACAGCCAGAAGAGCAUAACCACCCCAAGAGAAGCUUGGUACUGGCCAGAAGUCAAUGCUGAUGAAGAGGAGGAUGAUCUAGAAGAAGAGGAGAAAGAAGAAGAAGAAGGAAUCAACCUUACUCCCUUUGAUAAACUCCAAAUUCUAACAUCCUAUUUAAGAGGAAUCCAUUUUUACUGCAUCUGGUGUGGGACGACCUAUAAUGAUGAAGAGGACUUGUGCUCCAACUGUCCGGGGGAUUCAGCAGCAGACCACGAAUGAUUAAAAGAACAUUUCUACCGAGUAAAAAACUUGAGAAAAAUCCUUUAUCCUGGGAGUAUUUUGUGCUAAGAUAGUGUACAGACAAAAGUAAAUGAUGCAUGUAAAUAAAGCUCAACAUCUUUUCAAUAGAUAAUUCAAAAUUAGGUGAUCUGAGCUGAAGUUACAUUUAUUUAAACCUCAUACUGUUCCAUGGAUAAAAAAUGUGAUUGGAUGUCUGUUUUGUUUAAAGAAAUAACAGCAAAAACCAGCAAUCUAGAAAAGUUGUUUUAUCAAUAUUCCUCAUUAAAAUUGGUUUUAUUUAGAUGUUAGCUUCUCUCUUUAUGUUUCAGUCCAACCUUUUUUUGUAAGCAUAUUAUCGCUGAAAGGGUCUAUUUGCGAAGUUUUACAUUUUGUGUCAGUUAAUGACAUUUUUCUCUUUAAUAUUAGUUAAAAAAAAAGAAUAAACAAGAAUUCAUUUUAGAUGG